AUGAUUCUCAUUGUGUGGAAUGUUAGGGGUCUAAAUGAUCCCAGUAAGGUGGCUGAUGUCAGGCAGCUCCUUCAUAGAACUAAAUCUGAGUUAAUUUGUUUGAUGGAAACUAGAGUUAAACAGCAUAAGAGUAGUGGUAUACAGAAGAAGAUCUCUUAUGGCUUAACUUGGGAUAGAGUUGUGGGGGGUAUAAGGGCUAUUGGCCCUAUGUCUCUUCCUUGGAUUUGCACAGGUGAUUUCAAUUCCGUGUUGCAAACUGAUGAUAGAAUUAAUGGGAGUGAGGUCACAGAUUAUGAAGUUAGAGAUUUUAAAGAGUUUGUGGAGGAUAUGAAUUUUAUGGAGAUACAAAGUAAGAGAUCCUAUUUUUCUUGGUCAAAUAAAGCUCAUGUUGAAGCUAGAACUCUUACUAGGAUUGAUACAGGGUUGAUUAAUUUUGAAUGGUUGCUUCAAUUUCCUAAUGUGGAAGCUGUUUAUAUUUCCCCCUCCCUCUCUGAUCAUACUCCUCUUCUUUAUGAGAUUUUCCCUCCUUCUCCACGUAAAGGGAAACCUUUUAGAUUUUUGAACUGUUUGAUUACUCAUCCAGAUUUUAUGAGCUUGGUGCAAGAGGUGUGGAAUAAUGGGGUUCAGGGUAAUCCUAUGAAUAGAAUUUGGAAAAAACUCAAGAAUUUGAAAGUUCAGCUCAAAGAUCUUAAUCUUAACUCUUUUUGCAAUGUUGAUGAGAGAGUUGAUUUAGCUCAGCAGGCUCUGCUUGAUAUUCAAGAUCAAAUGGCUCUUGAUCUUCAUUCCUUUGUUCUGAUGGAGCAGGAAACUACUGCCAUUAACCAGCUUAAGUACUGGAGAUCUGUUCAGGAGAGCAUUUACAGGCAAAAAUCUAAAGUUGAUUGGGUUAAACUUGGGGAUUCUAAUACCAAGUAUAUUUUCUCCAUGGUGAAGCAUAGAAAAUCCUGA